GCAGCCGGGCAGGAACGGGGGCUGGGGGCGAGCCGGAUCCUUUGGCCGUGCCAUGCCGGGGACCCCUCGGGACACCCCCAGCUGAGGCAGGGACCCGUGUGAUUUAUGGGCUUGAAUUUCCCCCAAUUCUCAUUUCUAUCCCUGCGGCCUCGUCAGGUGUUUGUCUUCCAUGAUGGUUUAUUCCCUUUUAAUUUGAACCAUCCAUCAGUGCCCGUGCCGGACCAGGGUGCCGGGUCAGGGUGCCACACCGGCCCCACGGGAGCCACCAGCUCCAUCAAUUCCCUCUCUUCACCCCGGGAACAUCGGAUCCGGACAAGCCACCCCACUGCCCCCUCACCCAGGGGGUCUGGCCCCUCCAGGUGAUGACCCAAGUUGGGAGGGGGUGUCCCUGCACGGAUGGGGCAGGGGGUCUCCGGUAGGGACGGAGGGACCCCAGUACUCAUGGCCAGCACAGGUCAAACGGUGGCACGUCCCCAGAGCCAGCUCGGGGUGGGUGACCCCCCCCACCAAAAGUACCUCCAGCACAAGAAUUGGGGGCAGAGCUGGAAACAGCGGCCAAGAGGAGGGUAUGCAGCCCCCUGCCCCACUGCCCCCAUCAUCCCCAACUGUCCCCGUUGUCCCCACCGACCCCACCCAAGCACCAAAGCAUCCACAAACCAGCACCGUUGAGGAGCGCCCCAACAUCCCCAAAUACUGAUCCUGCCCCCGGUAGGGCUUGGCAGGAUGGGGACGGGGCGAGAGGGACCGAGGGGGCGCAGGGACAGGGACAGGAGGGGUUUCCUCGCCCCCCGCCAUCCACCCCCGAGGAUACUUGCAGGGAUUUGGGGUGGUUUGGGGGUUUUGAGCGUGGCUGAAGCUCUCUCUUGUGGCAAAGCUGCUCCAUUACAACCUUACCCGAGCCGUCGAGCCUCAGCAUCUCUCGGGGGCGGCACUGGCGCAGGGCUUCAGCCCUGCGCCAGUGCCCCCCCCGAGAGAUGCUGGGGCUCGGGAGGCUGCCCACCCACCCAGGCGGCCUUGCUCCUCCUCUCCGACGGUGCACGGAUGGAUCGGGAAGGCCGGGAUUGCCCGGUGCUCCCUGCAUACCCUCCGUUAGCCGUGCAGCGGGGGCUGAGAACCCGCCAACUCAUCGCAGAAACCGCGAACGCGCGACACCCCCUUCUCCUUUUUGUCCCUUCGCACGAGCCGUACCGGUAGGGGGCGGGGUUAAGACCUGGAUGCGGAAGUGCGUGCUCACUUCCGGUCUCUGCGCAGAGGUAGCGGAGGUUGGAACGCUCUGAGCCCGGCUUGGAACCAUG